GUGGGUUUAAAUUAUUAUUGUUCUUAAUCCAGGAAAAUAUUUUUGUGAAAUGACUUGAAUUAUGCAAAAAAUAUUGAUAUUUUUGUUUUAACAAAAACAUCUUUCUCCAAUUUCUACAUAAACGAAUGGCCGAUACUACGGUUCUGAAGAAGCCCAAAGGCAGCAAAAAAACACCUAAGGAAGCCUCUGCGGAUGCUUCCGAGAAAAAGUCUGUGGGGAGAAGGAGGCCUAUUAAAAGACAUGGGAGGCUUUACGCCAAAGCUAUUUUUACAGGUUAUAAACGUGGACUUCGUAAUCAGCAUGAAAAUACGGCGUUGCUAAAAGUGGAAGGUGCAUCCUCAAAACCAGAUAGCUGGUUCUAUGUAGGCAAAAAAUGUGUAUAUGUUUAUAAAGCGAAAAAUAAGACGUGUGUACCUGGAAAACCAAAAUCGGUUAAAUCUAAGGUACGCGCCAUUUGGGGAAAGGUUACAAGACCGCAUGGGACCAGUGGAGCUGUCAGAGCUAAGUUUAAGAGGAAUUUGCCAGCCAAAGCUAUGGGGCAUCGCAUUCGGAUUAUGCUGUACCCUUCAAGGAUAUAAUGUUUAUUUUUUUUGUAAUUAAUUUAAACCAAAAUACUUAAAUAAAAGGAUUUUGGGUUUGAAAAAA